GGUUCAUUGCGUUCCAAUCAUUCUACCAACUUACACAAUGUCUUUUCGCAAGAGAAAUAUUGGUCUUUCGGCAGGCGCUGAUCGCACCGGUGCUGUUAAUGCUAACGCACAGCCGCAACACGCCCCUGCGACGCCAGAAUUGACUCCCGGCGUUCGCCCCUCUCCCGACGAUGGGCGGCCGACUACUUCCACUGGUACUCCGUCGCUGGAUAACCUUUUGGCUGGGCAUGGAGGUCUUCCCAUAGGGAAGACGCUACUGAUUGAGGAGAAUGGGACUACGGACUUUGCGGGUGCAUUGCUGAGAUACUAUGCGGCAGAGGGUGUGGUGCAAGAUCAAAAGAUUCAUGUCGUGGGAAUGCCUGAGCAAUGGGGAAGGAGUCUUCCGGGCUUAUUAGGUCCGGCUGAUGCUGUUGAUGACAAGCAAGAUAAACGGAAAGGAGAGCGCAUGAAGAUCGCUUGGCGAUAUGAGCGUCUGGGCGAGUUUGGAGCAGGGAUUGCUGGUUCAAGAGCACCCUCAGGAGACCAGAGCCAAUCUGCCACUGAUCCAAACGUCGACAAGCGGCCAGCAUUCUGCCAUGCAUUUGACCUCACGAAACGUCUCACACAUCCUUCCAUCGCCAACGUGAACUAUAUACCCCUCGCGCCAUCGAACGAGCCAUUGUUUGUGUCGAUUCAUAAACGACUUCAAGCCGCGAUUGCCUCUUGUCCACCUAACACUGUCCAUCGCAUCCUCAUUCCUUCCUUGCUGAACCCCACGAUAUACCCGCCCGAUUCCUGCCAGCCUGAUAACCUUCUGCCGUUCCUACACUCACUCAGGGCUUUGAUGAGUGCGCAGGGUGCGCGGGUGACGGCGAUGAUCACGUUGCCCUUAUCUCUUUUCCCCCGCGCCACAGGGCUUGUGCGAUGGAUGGAAUUAUUGAGUGACGGUGUCAUUGAGCUGUGUCCCUUCCCACACUCCUCCGACGCUCUCGCAACUUCGGGUGCCGCUACUUCUCAGGAGGAACCGCCACAGGGCAUGCUGAAAGUCCAUCGUCUGCCGGUCCUGCACGAACGUGGCGGUGGUAGCGAUCAGAACAUCGGACAGGACUGGGCUUUCACGCUGAGCCGAAAGAGGUUCGAGAUCAAGCCAUUCAGCUUACCGCCAGCUGAAGGAGACAAGGAAGGGCAGGAUGCAGCGGUGACGGGCUCAAUGCCAAAGAAGGCGGAUCUUGAGUUCUAAGUUUCGCGAUGGGUUGAAUAGCCAAAACCAGACCACAAUCACUCCUCGUGAUCCGAACUGUCCAACAUAUUCUGCAGCUCGAUCUGCUCGGACAUGGCGGACCCAGUGUUGACCAUUGACCGGAGGUAGUGUCUUCCGUAUGAGUCAAUCCCCGGUCCAGCAGGUGAUGCUGAGAAAUAAGACCGAAGACGAGGUGCGAUGUAUCUCGAGAAGCCUAGAUAUGCUAGGAGUAGCAGAAAGGGUGCAAAGAACACCAGGAACAGCAGGGACAAGAAGCUCAUUAUGUCUUGUGGCAAUAGAGUCACUUGAACAGCUUUAGAUGAUGAUUAUACG